CAUACUACCGUAGUCAUUUCAAUUGUAAAUGUCAUUUAACAUUAUCCUAUAUAGCAAAUCGUGGCUCGCUCGUUGAAACAUAUAUAAUAUAGCAGCUAUUAAACAAAUAUAAUUAUAUUAUAUGUAACAAUACACGAUACACGGCUGUUAAAGUAGCUACUAUUAUUGUAAUUUUGUAAAGCCAAACAAUUUUGAUACGUGGUGCCAUGGAGUUCAAUAGCUUGGCCAAUAGUGAGGUGCUGAAGAUCGACAACACGCUGACGGCCGUGGGAUAUGAGAAUAACGUUGAUUUGAGAAACAAAAUGGGAUGGAUGAUCGACGAGAUGGGCAAAGUGUCAGCAAUAGCACAAAAGUUAAGAUCGCCAAUUACCAGCGCAGAGAUGCUCAUCAAUUCCGAUCACGUUCUCUAUAUGAUGAUCGAACACAAUACUUCUGCGAAUUUUGUCGUUGUUGGAAUUUUAAAGAUGGGAUGGAAGAAAUUAUGCCUUUACAACAAAGCUGUAGGAUUUUGUAAAGAAACCAUGGUUUACUGUUUGAUGGAUUUCUAUAUCCAUGAAUCCAGACAGCAUAAAGGUUAUGGAAAGUACCUGAUCGAUUAUAUGUUGCAGGAUAUGCAUUUAUGUGCCAAAAAUUUGGCUAUUGAAAAACCAACUAAAAACCUAUUGCAGUUUAUGUGGAAACAUUUUCAAUUAUCUAAAAUAGUAAACCAGGGAAAUUAUUUCAUAAUCUAUGAGGAUUUUUUUGAUGAUGCAUUUAACGAAAGGAGUUUUAACAAUAGUGCAAAUGGAGCCUCAACAUCACUAUGUACAUGCCAAUCAAUGCAAGGACAAAAUGAAUUACAAACACAUUGUGAAACAGUGGGCGCAACUGUACAAGAAAAUACUGAAUGUUCGCAAUUAAAUUACAGCCCAGGGAUCAAUUUUGUUGAAAACCAGUUUAAAGAAGUAAAUGCAUUUCAAAACGCACAACAGGAUAGAAAUCCUGUGAAACAAGAUCAGACAUUUUACCAGAAGUAUUCAAUACAGAGCAUGCUAAAUGAUAAUUCAAUGUAAUAAUAUUUUUUAGUUAUAUAUUUUUGCUCUAAUAUUUU